GCUCAAAAAGGAUGUGACGCCGCUCUUUAAUCCUCUUAUGUUAAUGAGGCAGUAGCAAAGAAAGAAGCAGCAGCUUCCCCUCCACGUUUCGUGAACAGUUCUCUGUCUGCCAAACAAAAAGAGAAGUAGAUUUCCACAAAGAAGUUUUACUUCUGAAACAGAAUGCUGAGGUCCCGGAUGUUGUGGAUGACUGUGAGGUGUCACGUGACUCCUGGUGUCACUUACUGUACUGCUGCUCAGCCACAGAAGGUGAAAAAGACCAAGUUUGGUCCUCUGAAUGACGAGGAUCGAAUAUUUACGAACCUGUACGGCCGACACGACUGGAGGCUGAAAGGAGCACUGAGUCGAGGCGACUGGUACAAGACCAAAGAGAUCCUCCUGAAGGGAGUGGACUGGAUCCUGAAUGAGGUGAAGACCUCCGGCCUGAGGGGCAGAGGGGGAGCAGGAUUCCCCAGCGGCAUGAAGUGGAGCUUCAUGAACAAACCCAGCGAUGGCAGGCCGAAAUACCUGGUGGUGAACGCAGACGAGGGGGAGCCGGGCACGUGUAAAGACCGUGAGAUCAUGCGUCAUGACCCACACAAGCUGCUGGAGGGCUGCCUGGUGGCUGGGAGAGCGAUGGGCGCUCGUGCUGCUUACAUCUACAUCAGGGGAGAGUUCUACAACGAGUCCUCCAACGUGCAGGUGGCCAUCAAUGAGGCCUACCAAGCCGGGCUGAUUGGAAAGAACGCCUGUGGCUCAGGUUACGACUUUGACGUGUUUGUGAUGCGCGGGGCUGGCGCUUACAUCUGUGGAGAAGAGACCGCUCUCAUCGAGUCUCUUGAGGGCAAACAAGGAAAACCCAGACUCAAGCCUCCGUUUCCUGCAGACACAGGGGUGUUUGGAUGCCCCACCACGGUUUCCAAUGUGGAGACGGUCGCCGUGGCGCCUGCAAUCUGCCGCAGGGGCGGAGCUUGGUUUGCCAGCUUUGGGAGGGAAAGGAACUCUGGAACCAAGCUGUUCAACAUCUCGGGCCACGUCAACACGCCGUGUACCGUGGAGGAAGAGAUGUCCAUUCCCUUGAGGGAGCUGAUAGAGAGGCACGCAGGAGGAGUGAGGGGCGGCUGGGACAAUCUAUUAGGGGUCAUCCCGGGGGGGUCUUCCACUCCCGUCAUCCCCCGUCAUGUGUGCGACGACGUGUUGAUGGAUUUUGAUGAUCUGGUGCGUGCAGAAAGCGCACUUGGCACGGCCGCCAUCAUCGUCAUGGAUAAAUCGACUGAUGUGGUUCGAGCCAUUGCACGUCUGAUUGAGUUCUACAAGCAUGAGAGCUGUGGCCAGUGCACACCUUGCAGAGAGGGAGUGGACUGGAUGGACAAAAUGAUGUGGAGGUUUGUCAGAGGAGAGGCUGCAGUCUCAGAGAUAGACAUGAUCUGGGAGCUGAGCAAGCAGAUCGAGGGACACACCAUCUGCGCUCUGGGGGACGGAGCUGCUUGGCCUGUGCAGGGACUGAUACGUCAUUUCCGUCCAGUCAUGGAGGGUCGCAUCGCUGAGUAUAACGAGAAAAACACUCCACGAGAGCCUGACAUCGAGAUGAUCUAAAUGAAGUUAUAAGGGUAAUCACUUCAAGACCUGACUGUGAUGAGGGAAUUUCCACCAAGUAGGAUUACUCAUUUACAGAUGGAAUAUUUUCAUAGAGCAUAGAAAACUCUUUUCAACCUUCUACAUACGUUUUUUUUAACAUUAGAGCCCUCUAGAUGUGAAAUAACACGCCUAUAGUGACCUUUACACUCAUAUUAUCUUAUUAUAUCUACUAUAUUGGGUAAUAGAAGACAUAUCGAAUCUAACAGACUCACACACACAUCAGUGUUGCUAGGUCCACCCUUAAGCAACUUUGGGCUUGUUUUUGUUUUUUAGUAAAAUUGGUGCAAAUUCCCUAUUGUUUUGGGCUUGUUUUCAGGAAGUUAGUCGCUUAUUUCUCUUGCAACAUUACCGUCACAUUCGUACACCUAGCCUGCAGUUUGUUUCAUUCGAUAUGCUUACUGCAUACCUAUGUAGUAAUAACACUUACAUCCUUAUGCAGUACACACACAACCACUAACUUGUGAGAACACUGCAACUUGUUCCAUGCUAAUGAUAAUGCUUCGUUAGAUACGCACACCCAGGUCUUUGUCUUUGAAUGUGGGAGUACAGUGGAAAAUUGGUUAGCAUCAAUUCCUUCCAAAAUAAUAAUGUAUAAUGUAAAAUGGAAAUCCAUCAGUUUCAAGAAGCCACAAAUGUUAAGGCAAAACCUGUUUUUAUAGUUUUGCUAUUAUAGUUUGACAUGCAGAAACCAAUUGGAAAUUGCAUAUACUGUAAAUGAUUAUUUUCUCGCAAAUUUACAUAUUUAUUCACGAGUUUUUUUUCUCAUAAAUGUACAACCUUAUUCUUGUAAUAUUACAAGUUUUAUCUCGUAAAUGUACGACUUUAUUUUUUGUAAAUUUACGAAUUUAUUCUCGUAACAUUAAAAAAAUUUUCUUACAUUUUCGUAAUUCUCCUAAAUUUAUGACUUUAUUCUCGUAAUCUCAGAUCCACUGUGUAUGUAUGAAUUGAUAACGUACUCUUGCAGGGUGACUAUAAAUAUAUAUAUAUAUGUACAAUAAUUGCUAUUUGAUGAAAACCAGAAAUGUUAAGCAUCCGUGGGUUUUUUUAUUUGUUUUUUUUACAAAAUCAACAUUUUUUCCCCCAUUUUGUGAUACUUGCUUUUCACAGGACGGUGGCGCGUUUGUCCUUAAUAAAUAAAACAGCCAAUGCGAUCCCCCACUUUAUUUCCUAAAAGCACAAAUGAAAUAAUGCCUGCACUAACCCGUCUGUACAAAAACAGAUGGGUUUGUCCAAGAAAAGCUGAUCAUGAAUGUUGAAUGUAAUCGCCACAUUUUUAUUGUUUUUACAAAGACACUAUAUUCAGAAUAUAUUCACAGCUUCUGUCCCAUCAAAUAAAAGUGCCAUUGCUCAUGUGACCAUUACAACAGCAUUGCUUGAAGUCUAUAUGAGUCUUAAAAAUGUUCAUCUUUACACUAUACAGCUGUGCAGAAAAAGAAACUUUGCUUCCUUGGACCGAAAAUAAAGCAAACGGCGGAACGGUGACGGUGAACAUCUGCUACUCCCCCCGCCCACCACCACCUUUCUUUAGGGCGCCAUCCAGAAGGGCAUAGACUGCGGCUGGGGCUGCGUUUUAGCUCGCGGGGGUGGUGGAGGUGGGCAGCGAUAGCCCUGGAUCCAGUCUAAGGAGGUAGUAGGGGAUGCUCCAGGGUUACCUGGCCCUGAAGCUUUGGUGGCUGAGUGGUCGUCUUCUUCGUCGGAGGAAUCGCCUGCAUACGCCACCAAUCCCGUUUUUAUUCUCUUCCCUGCAGGCUCUGCUAGAAAGCGAUAGAGUGCCGCAAAAGAAGCACACAUGCAAAAGGAAGGGGAGAAAGAGGACAAGAAAGCAACCACAACACAACGGCAGCAGCAUGAUUCAAAUAGGAAGAAGCAAAUUAGUUCAGUUCAGUGAAUUCAAACAAAAUUUAUGCCGAGCACAGGACGGGUGGGACAUCCGCAAAACCGCCAUUGGUUAUAGGCCGUCCAAUCCGGCGCCACGGGACAGGUCGUGCCCCACCCCCAAAUAGUAUCCAGCAUCAGCCCCAGAGAUACAUGGAAGAGAAGAAAAACACAGAAAAAAAGAGAAAACACAAAAACAGGAGAGAUUCUCGUUAGUGAGAAUGCAGACUGAUGAUGUCAUCAGAACGGGACAAAAGGACUGAACACUGGACAACAAGGUCAACGUUCCACUUCAACUAUUAGGAGGAGAAUCCUGGAAGAAUCCUACAAAGCAUCAAGGCCAGCUGAGUGUGCUGACCGUAACCUAAUCUGCCUGGAAACAUUUCACAUCCUUUUAUCGUAGCCCUGCAUCAAGUCUUGGGAGGUUCAAAUGUCUAAAAUGAGGGGGGGUCCACUGUCAGUAACAAUGUGACAUCAUUCACUUACCCACAGGGCCUUGCGGUGCCCUCCUCUCUUCCAGCUGCGGUCUCACUACAUUUACAGGCAACAGGGGUGGAGGCAUUAGCUGCCUACUGAGGAAAGAUCAAAAGACAGGAGUUACCCGUUUAUGUAUUUAACACAACAACAAGACGACAGAGUAUUUGGGCCACAUUGCCAAAAAAAAAAUUAUGACUUUAUUCUCGAAAUGUCAUCAUGUUACGAGAAUAACAUCAUAAAGGCCAAAGGUCACAUAAGUCCCCGCUUUUCAUAGCUGUCUCAAGCAAUGACUGUUACGACAUAAUUAAAAUAAUCAGAGAUUUCAAGAAUAGUCGUAAAUUUACGAGAAAAAAAUGGUAACUUAAUGUUACAGGCAUUGCCUGAAACAGCUAUGAAAAGGGGGCACUCAUGUGACCUUUGGCCUUGGACAUGAGGAGGCGGCGGGGUAAGGAAGGCUGAAUGUGAGUGCCACAGCUCUGUUUUGCUGCCACGAGAUAAAUAAAAGCAUUGCUUGAAGCUCUAUUUUCCCUCUGACACGUAAUCUUACAACUUUUUUCAUGUAAAUUGAGGACUUUGUUUGCGUACAUUUACUAUUUUCUCAUUAUAUCACAAGUUUUUUCUCCUAAACUUGCGACUUUCUCGUAAUAUUACGAGCUUUUUCUCAUAAAUGUACAACUUCAUUUUUGGAAUACAGUGUUCCCUCGUUUAUGCGGGGGACAGGUUCCCAGAAUGGCCCGCAAUAAGAGAAAUCCCCCAAGUAGCCAACUUUAUUAGUUUACAAUUAUGUUUUACGGCUGUAAAACCCCUCAAAUGCACUUUAUACACUUUUCUCAAACAGACAUUAAUAUUUCUCUCUCGUUUAAACACUCUCGGAGUUCAAAUUUAGUUUGAAUUGAAACAAUAAAUCUGCAAGCUUGGACACAAGAAAUGAUUAUGUGACUCACGCGUAUCCACUCGUCUGUAGCGUUUUUGUAUCCUUGUUAAAACUUAUUGCCCCUUCAUUUAGCCGGUUAGCUUUUUCUUCUUCUAUUGUUUAUUGGCGGUUAGCAAGCAACUCACAAAGUUAGCUCGUUUGCUAGCGACUAUUGACCACAACAGGAAACGGCACGAAGGAGAUUGAUUGACAAUGGUCAGGACGCAGAACACAAUGGGCGGGUUGUCCCUUAGCCGAUAAGGACUCUUGUGUCUCUAUAUUUAGCCGAAUGUGCUCGUCAGGCACGUAAACACAUACUGAGACAGGUGAAGCUGCACGCGUCUCCAACACUCACAUGAGUAUACAACACCCUCUACUGGUAGCAGUAGUACAUGCAAUAACAGACACAUACAACAGAGCACUGAUGGAUCGCUCCACAGCGAUGCACAACACAAUACGUGCUCAUACGCUGUUAAAAAAAAUCUGCAAAACUGCACUUCAAAAAAUCUGCAAAACAGAGAAUCCCCAAAAGGUGAACCGCGAUGUAGCGAGGGAACACUGUACUACAACUUUUUUCUCAUAAAUUUGCAACUUUAUUCUCGUACAUUUACCACUUUAUUCUCGUAAUAUUACGUUUUUUUCCUCAUGAAUUUACGACUUUAUACUCAAAAUGUCUGAUUUUUUCCCCCCUCAAUGUGGCCCUUGUACUCCGUCGUACAAAAAGACUUGAACUGAUUAAAAGUAAAACACAGCAGCAGGGAAUAUGCCCUAUGGCAACACUGGUCAGGGUUACAGUCAAACAAUACAUAAAAAAAAAAAACCCAAAAAACGGCAAAGGGGUUUUCAACAGGUCUUUUGAAAUUGUAUUAAAAUGUAGUGCAAUUUCUUUUUAUUAUUAAAAUUAAGAAUACUAAAAAUGUAAGUAAAGAGCAUUGCUACAUACAAACAAAAAUGUAAAAAAAGAGAAAAAGUACUGUAACAUUUUGUUGUCUGUAUUUGGCGCACACUGGAAAUAGUUUGGACACCCAUGUGUAUGCUAGAAAGUACAAUAAUCCCUUGUUUGUCAUUCAUUGCUUCCACUGAGAUAAGUGCAUUUCCGCAAAGCAGGAUUGCUUAUUUAUAAAUAAAAUAUUUUUGUAGUUAGAGCAUAAAAAACCUGUUUACGACCUUGUAAAUACACGUUUUAACAUUAUUGGAACCCCUCUAGACAAAAAGUAACACAUCUGUAGUCACCUUUACGCGCCCAUUACCCAAUAUAGUAGACAUAUGGAGAGAAAAUAGGACAUUUAAGACAUUAACAAGACAUGAUUCACAUGUCAGCAUUGGGAGAGUUCCUUGGGGUUUUUCUGCUCUGUACAGUCCUUCCUGUGGUGGCUAUUGUCUCAUCAGUGUAACAUUACUGACACCUAGUGACCAGUGUAAAAUACUACAUAUCAUCACAACACCUUUGAAUGUGUCUUAUGAAUGCCUUAUAUUUGUAUUAUAUUUGUAUUCAUUUAGUCAUUUAGCCAUUUUUAUGCUUAGAAAUGCUUCAUUUAGCCAAUGCACAGAGUGAUGUUAAUUUUCAGUUAAUUUUCAUUGAUUGUAUGAUUAAUUAUGGUCUCAGGCCAUAAAAAUGGCUAAAUGAACUAAAAUACAAAUAUACGGCCUUCAGAAGACGCAUUCAAAGACGUUGAAAACAUUUAGGACAUUUAGAAAGUCGUAAACUGGUUUUCUAUGCUCUAAUUAUGAAACUAUUCAAGUUAUAAAAAAUAAAUAAGGAAUCUGGUCCACAAGUGGCUCAGGAGUUAGAGCAGGUCUUCCAGAAACCAAAAGGUUGGUGGUUUGAUCCCUGCUUCCUCCACUUAUCCUCCAGUGCUUUGGGUACCUCAAAAAGCACUAUAUACUGUAAAUCUCUAUUAUUAUUCUAUUAUUCAAUAUAACUUUGGAUAAGUUUCAGUCUGGUUUUAGAUCGCAACGCAGAACUGAUACUUAAAAGUUCAGAAUGACAUUCUUUUAUCUCUUGACUCCAAAAAACCUGUGUUGCUGGUGAUGCUUGACUUCACUGCUGCAUGUGACACGCUGGACCAGGCUAUACUCCUCCAGCGUUUGGCCGUUUAUCAGUUGUUCAAGUCAUAUUUGACUGACAGGACUUUUGCUGUAACAAUUCAUGAUUUUGUGUCUUCCACUGCUCCACUCUGGUGUGCCACAGGGAUCCAUUCCUGGCCCAGUCCUGUUUGCUUUAUAUUUGUUGCCCCUCAGUUAAGUUAUCGUCAAGCAUGACCUUUUCUUUCAUUUUUAUGUCAACGACCUCCAACCUUAUUUACCAGUUGUCCCAAACAAUCCUAACACAAUGGAUUCCGUUUUUAACUGCAUUGGAGACAUCAAGAAAUGGCCGUCACAUAACUUUUUACAUCUGAAUGAGUCCAAAACUGAAUGCAUUUUAUUAUCGCUGGUGCUGUUCCCGAUAUGGACUCUCUUGCCCCCAUUGUAAAUCUGUGAUUAGUAAUCUGGGUGUUAAGUUUGACAGCUACGGGAACUUUGGCAAACAUUGUUGGAACUAGUUUCUUCCAGCUCUGCUUUCUGCCUAAAGUGAAGCCCUUUGUUCGUCGGAGAGAUGUUGAAAGCGUCGUGUGCGAUCAUUAGUUCUCGCAUUGACUACCGUAAUGCCCUGUAUGUAUGUUGGUAACUACCAGUCUUUAUUCAACCGCUUACAACUGGCACAAAAUGCUGCUGCACAGCUUUUGACCAGCACUCGUAGACAGAGCCACAUCACUCCAGUUCUGCGCACUCUGCACUGGCUUCCAGUCUGUUUCAGAGUUGAUAUUAUUGCGGACCAUCACGGACUUUCAUCUGUUUAAAGCAAAACUGAAGACUCAAUUGCUCCAAAGUGCAUUUGGCACAUGAGACACUCUUUUAAAAUGUUAUAAUCUUUUAAUACCUUUUAUUUAUUAUUUUAUUUGAUUCUUCUUGUGUUAUUUUGCUGUUUUUUCUUGCACUGUUGUACAGCACUUUGAUUCAGCUACAGCUGAUGUAAGGGGCUAUAUACAUAAAAGUUUGAUUGAUUAUUAUAAUCCUACUUCGUGGAAAUUCACUUAUCACAGUUGGGUCUGGAACCAAUAACCGCGAUAAACGAGGGAUUUGUUUCAGCACCGUGGCGCGGUUGUCCCAUAGAACCACACAAUGAACGGAGUGAGCCCUUUUGUCAGUCAUACAGUUUGUUUUUCCCUCAGGGGUGGAGGCGGGGCCACUGGCAUACACACAGAGUGCAGAAGAGCGUAACGUAAUAGAAAUUCAAUUAGUACUGUAGACUGAAACAUAUUGUCAUAUUUUUUACAUUUUUUCACUGUACUUUUCUUAAAAGAAAUGUUAAAAUCUCGUCUCAUCUCGUUCCCGUAGACACAAUCUCGUGUAUCGUCUCGUGAACUGAGUGUCUCUAUGUACAUCUAGUCCAACAGAACUUUCAGUACCUGUCCCUCUCACUCGGUGGGCCAGAGGAACUCGAUGAUGGGGGUCCUGUAGUCUCGGGGCCGCCCGCUGAGAAGCCUGCACCUAAAUUAGUCAUAUGAAUGGGUCCAUGCUAUGAGCAGAAAAACACACAGGCGCCAUUAGCAGACAUCCUCUACUGGACUAACUUACUAACUUAGUGGCCACAGUACAAAGUAAACAACACUUUCUUGUUACUGCUUACCAAGUGUGACCAACCUUUUCCCAGGUCACAAUUAAAGACACUUUCAGCCUAUUACAGAAAAAUAUAUACUGUGUAUUGCAACUAAGCCAGCUGUUGGAAACGGUGGCUUUAAGUCAGACACACUGCUAAUACACAGGAAGUACAGCAAGUCACACCAAAUCAGAAGCAAUAGGCACAAGAAGACUUCCGUCUGAUGCUCACCUGAUAUCCAAGCAGGCCACUGUCACACUCAUCCGGCACUUCCUCUGUGAAGCGUCUCUUCUGAGGCGGAUUGGCCGGGAUGGCGGGAGGCGGUGCUUUGGGCGGCGCCACAGCUGAUGGAGGAAAGGACACGAGAGGUGGAACGGUCUGCGCAAAGAGAAGAAACGCCGACUGUUUAAUAGAGUAUGAUCACCAAUACACGCACAAUGGUUCAGCGUUAAAAAUGUGAAUAACAUUUUUUAAAAUACAACAAAAUGAUAGGUGCAGCAUUAGAAAAAUGGGAAUAACAUUGAUGAAACAAUAACAUCAAAAGUACAGAAUAAAACAUGGGAAUAACAAACACACUAAAAAUCACAAGGUGGGCAUUAACAAAAGGAAUAACAUUUAGAAAUAAAAAUUGGAAUUGAAAUUUUUUUUGACGAAUUACAUUUAAAAAAAAAAACAGAAUAAAAUUAAAAUGUGCGGCAUUAGAAAUGGGAAUGAAAUUUGAUAAUACAAUCAAAAGGAGCAGCAUAAAAAAGGGGGGGGAGUUGGGAGGCGGGACCCGUCACGUACACAACUGACUGUAUUGCAAUCGCUCCUCCAGUCCCCAGUCACAUAUCUUUAAAUAGAAAGCAACAGGCACUCCCCACCUGAGCCACAGGAGCUGGAGCAGGAGCCGGGGCAGGAACAGGGGGCGGAACAGGAACAGGCGCCGGACCCACGGGCGGUGCGAUAUUUAUAGUUGUUCCAGGUGGAUACUGAGGGAGAACACCCUUGGGUGGC